UGAAUAAUUCUUUUUUUAAAAAAGAGAGAGAGAGAGAGAAAUAUUCCUGUUGACCCAGGACUCAGCAGUGCAGGGCAAAGAGAACUAACUCCUUUAUGCAAAAAUUAAACACAUCCUGACCUCAAUUACUCUUUGAAAAAGCUUAGUGACAAUAGACACUUCGCGGGGGUGUUGACAAGCAGAGGAGCCUAAUGACCAAAUGUCCCUCUGCUAACCCGAGACUGACAAAAGGCCUGGAGUGGUUGGUAUGGGCAGAAACCUCAGACUCAGUUCCAGGGUCCCAGAGUGAGUCUGGCUGCCCUGGUUACUGAGCCAGAUGACCAGGUGGGGCGCGGACGCCCCGGCGCACGUGUGUGGACAGUGUGGCGUCGAGUCUGAAGCCCCAGCCAUUUCAACAGCAAACCAUGGAGCUACUCUAUCGGCCUCCACCGUUCUCCACCUGUAGGAUGGGGUUUUAGCAAUUCAGGUCAGAAUAUUUAUAACCCCCAUGUCGAAGAUACAAUGACGAAUGAGACAUGGCCUUUCCUUGCAAAUAUUGACAAGCCAAUGGGUCUAUUUCCAGCCCUUUGAGUUCAUUGUUGAAGCCAAAGAGAGACCCCUGAGGGAAAGACCAUCUACCACACAUCUUGAGGCAGCUAUUCCAUCCAAGAUAAGCCAAAGUAGUGGAAAGGGCCCCGAGCCUUAGGAGACCUGAGUUCCGUAGGGGCCUUGGGGAAGUCAUGAUGCAUUUUUGCAUUGAAAAAUAUGUCAUGUCUUUCCCAACCACCUGAUAGUUCCAGCCCCACCAUCAAACAGCUGUGUGGCUUCAGGCAUGGACGCGCAUGUCUCAGCCCCACUUCCUCCGUGAACCUUACCACACCACCUCACCAGCGUGCCAGGAGGGCUAGGUGAGCUAGCGUGUCAAGUUCCUUCUGCUUCCUGCAUUUGCUGUGAAUGGGCUCUGAGUCACCCCUGGCAUCUCUGCACACGUGCUGCCACCUCAGGAGACAUGAGGAACUACUGGCCCCUUUCCCAUGGAGAAAAUAGGCUGCACACGUGGCUCUCAUGGGGUGCUUCCAGGCCAAGCCCAUACCUGCCACGCUCCACCGGAUUCCAUCGCAGGCCUGGAUCGGAGUGCGCGGUGUGUGCGCAGGGCACUGUGGCAACAUCACGUCUCGUUGCUUCAUCCUCAUUUUUUUUUUUACUUCAAAGGGCCUGGUGACCCCAAGGUAAAGGAGUCAAGCCAUGAGUCAAGAAUGCAAGUUUAAAGGAAUACGUUGAUGUUUUCAUGGCUAGGUUGACCACAGCAUGUUUGAGAACCUGAACACAGCCCUCACUCCCAAGCUCCAGCCCAGCCACUCCUUCCCACACCUGUCCAGGCCUGCGGCCCCCAGCUCUGCAGCCCUGGGCUCCACAGAACCUGGUGGGCCGGGGCUCUGGGUGGGCAGCAGCCAGCACCUCAAGAACCUGGGCAAAGCCAUGGGGGCCAAAGUGAAUGACUUCCUGCGGAGAAAGGAGCCCUCGGGCCUUGGCAGUGUGGGGGUGACGGAGAUCAACAUGACCGUGGGAGCCCAGCUGGCCAGCGGGGCUGAGGAGGCGUCAGAGGCCUGGCUGGAGGCUGACAGGUCAGCUCUGCAGGAAGCAUUCCCUCGUCUGGAUCCUCCACCCGCCAUAGCCAGGAAGCGAACCCCUCGGGCCCUGAAGACCACCCAGGACAUGCUCAUUUCCUCACAGCCUGUCCUGAGCAGUCUGGAGUGUGGGACUGAACUGCCACCCGGGCAGCCCCAGGACUCCCCUCCCCCCGCCCAGCCUGUCCCUGCGGACGCUUCCCGGUCAGAGGCCACCAUGGAAGAAGACAGGGCCCAGGCCCUGCCCAAUGGCGAGGUUUCCCUGUCGGUACCUGACCUGAUCCACAAGGACAGCCAGGAUGAGUCCAAGCUGAAGGUGACUGAGCACAGCAGGGCCUCCUCCCCGGGCCUCAUGGAGAGGAACGGCCUCCAGCUCAGCGUGAGCCCCCUCAGCCUGGAGGACUCCUGGGAGGGCAGCAGCCCCUGUCCCCGGGCACGGACCUCCAGCCUGGACAACGAGGGCCCUCACCCGGACCUGCUGUCCUUUGAGUAGAGCCUCCUCUCGUCCCUGCCAAGCAUUGCCCUGUCGUCCGUCCCUUUUCUCCUCUGCUGCACACACAGGCCCUCCCCAGCUCUCCCUGCCCUCGGUCUUCCUUGUCAUGGGAUACCAAUCAGAAUCCAAUAUUCCCAUGUGGAUGCCGCGGGGUUGGAAGCCCACGAGGAGUCCAGCGAAAGAGCCUGUCUGCAGAAUGGCAAAAGGACCUGGCUGCCAACUCUUCUGAACCUCGUUUUCUGCAAGCUUCUCUUGGUGUUGGCUGCAGCCCCAGGAGACUGGAGCUCGGCCUGGCUCCCCAUGGAUGGCAGGGCCUGCCCAGGAUGAGGGUCUUGGCAGGAUUCUCUUUGUUCAUCUCCCUCCCACUUUCUGGGUCCUUCUCUAUCCUCCCUGAAGGCCCAGGAGUCCCCUGCCUCAAAGGGACUGGGCUGGCUGAGGAAUGCUAGGUCUGGCUUGAUGAUGGGCCCCUGCCCAGAAAGCCACAGCCCCUGACCACAGCCCAGCCAUGGCUCCUCCUAUCUGGUCCCAGAUAGUGUAGGUCCCCGUCUCCCACCCCACCUCUGCCUUGGGGAGAUGCUUGCCAGGCCCGAGACCUUAAGUAUUCAUCCAGGGUUCAAACCUGCCGCUCAGGGUUCUCAAGGUCUUCCCCCACUGGUCUGAUGUAGACUACAAAAUGAAGUCCCCCUGCCUGCCUGACAUCUGGGGAACCACGUGAGCUCCUGCACGGAGGAAAGAUCAGGGUUUCCCUCGCUGUGUGUGAAGACAGAGCCAGGCAGGCCCUGAAGAAGCAGCAGUGUAUACUCAUUUUGCUGGGAGGGCCCAGGACCUUGGAGUGGCCCUAAGAGAGCUGAGCACAGAAGUAGUGGGGACGCAAGAUGGAGCAGGGAGUGGGGGGCCCAAGCAGCUCUCCAGGGCCACCCAGAGCCUAAGAUGAUGCAACUCUAGGGGCGAGGGCCUGAGGGAGGCUCGGUUGGAACGCAGUGAGAACCGCAGAGGCUGGCCCCGGCUCACUGGGCAGGGUGCUCUGUGCUCGUGCUGAAGCUGCUGUCUCUGCAGAGCUGGCCCCCUGGGGAGGUCUCUGGCCUGCCUCCUCCUUGGUCCGAUGCCAGCGGUCUUGCGGUGCUCCUGCUUCCAGGAUUGGUGUGGGACUGACUUGCUCUGUCCAGGCUCAUUGGUGUUGCCCUCCUGGGUUAACCCACUUUUUUGUUGCUGUCUCCCACCAGGGGUCCUUUCGUGCUGUUUUCCUGUGUCCAGGAGACCCUGUAAGGGGGUGAUCCCAACCCUGGUGGCCUUUGCGGCAAGAAGAGAACAUGCCUUUUCUUGAACAAGGUGGCCACUUCCUGGGAGGAGACUGGGAAUGGCACGUCCAGCCAGGCAGGCUGAGUGACAGUGCUUGGCCUCCCUCCCAUGAGCUCCAGGACAGCAGGGCCCACAUCCCAGCCCAUCUCAUCCCAAGCUCCUGCCCCCUCCCUACCUGCCGUGUGCAGCAUCCAGGCCGAGGCCUGCAGAGCUUGGAGCUGCAGUGGGCUCGCCCGGCCGUGGGUGUCUGCACUCUUGCUUCUGCAGCUGGGCAGCCUCGCACAGCCUUCCCAGCGCUCCUUCCCUGUCUUCCACACACUCACUGCAGAGCUCCUCCCCGCCUCGAGGGUCUCUGCUGCCAGACCUGCAGGUCUUGGUGGCGUGAGCAGGGCUGUUAGUGCCUAUGCAGACUCCAGGGACGUCCCUAGUCUGUCAUAUCCAGUCCUGAUGUCGAAGAGAAGGUCUCAGGACCAGCAUCUGGGGCCCCCUGAGUUUUUCCAGGAUCGUUUGGGUAUCACACAAACACACACAGAGCUGGAAAUAGAGACCAAACACACAAGCUGUGAGAACAAGCCCAGAAUCGUCUGAGCCCUCCAUGCCCGAGGCUUGGUCUGCUCCUAGUGGGACCAGAGCAGCCAACUGCACUUGAGGCUACUCCUCUCCGAGGCCAGGGUGGCUGUGGCCAGGUGACAUGGGAGCCACUUGGCCCAGCUUGCUUAAUAUAUACCCUGUCUCCGCACCACAGCCAGUCCCUGCUGACCUUCUGGCCCCCAGACCCGGGAUUAGCAAGGCGCUUCCACCAGGGUUUCCCAGGACCACUGCCAGGGUGACCCCAGAGUUCUUCAGACUGUGUCUGAUACUGAAUAAGGUGCCUUAAGACCCCGCUCCAAUCUCUAGCUGCCUCCAACUAUGUCAUCCCCUGCCGCAGGGUGAUGCUGCUACCUCGGGAGCCUCUCAGACUGAAGUCUGGCCUUGAUGCUGCAAACGUUGCCUGGGGCUGGGGGCUACAUUAUGGCCAAGCCCAGCAGGAACGACUUCUGGGCCUGCUGAGGCCUGGGCACCGUUUUCUAUCCCCACAGUCUGACAUUCCCAUGGUUGCCGCAGGACCACUGCACCCCUACCUGCCCCUUGUAGAGGGUCUAGCCUCACUGGGAGCUCGGCCUUCAGAUAGCCCGGUCCACAUGAGGGCAGUGUGGGGCAGGAGGGAUGAAGGACCCAGCUUCUCCGUCCAUGCAAGGAAGUUGGGUCCUCGGAGUCUUUUCUGUCCGCGUUACUCCGCCACCCCGCCGUAACCCCCUACUCCCCACAUAGCUUUAGAGUCCAAGUUGAGCUUCUGGGACCUGGCGGGAGGAUGAACUGGACUGCCCCGCACAGAGGGAUGUGGGUGUGACGAGUGUGGAUGGUGUGAAGACGCACAUGCAUGCCACUCAUCGCCUUCUAAAGAACAAGAAGUUUGGAGGCACAAGAAGAUGAUCUAUUCUGAGUAUUUUCUAGAGAGUUAAUAUUUAUAUUUUUAGUACUUUUCUGGUAGAAGGAAAUUGCACAAUAAAAUCAUUUGGUUUA